UUGCGUCGCACUCCCCCGUCUGUCACAUCAGGCUCCGCUAAAUCUGACGUGUUUUUCGCAUUUCCUGCACCAGAGAGAGAGAGAGAGCGCGCGCGCGAGAGAGAGACGGAGACACACAGCGGUGUCGGGAGGCUGUGUCCACUGGAAGUUGAGCUCAAACAGCUGCACUGGACUGACACCAGGCCGUGCACCAAGCAGCAGGAGCCCGUUUUGACACAUCCACCCACCGCCCCCCUUCUCUCCGCCCCUGCUGCGGUCGUUACCGGCCGCUGUCUGGUUCGCAGCUCGAACAUCUCCAGUGCGCCGCGGCGGCUGGCAGCAGGUAUUUGGAGCCUCCCACCCUCCGCACGGUGCAAUGCAACGCAGGCCAGUGCUUCCAGGGAGCCCCGCUGCAGCUAACAGAGCUUUUUAAUACCUCGAAGGUAAACACCAUGACAGAGCGACUCACAUCUGGGGCCUCUGCUCGUAUGUGCGCCGUAGCUAUUCAUGUUUCUUCCGUGCACUUCUGAAGGCUUCCCGGGCUAACGGUCGCUUUUCCGCCACUGAAGUUCAGUUUCUGGGGGGAAAUUUUGUAGCAUAAUCGACAAGUGCAGACGUUUCGAGACACGACAGCAGCUUGGUGUGCUUGGUGACUGCACUCUCUCCUUCAUAUCGGAGUGGAAGGAACACGCUCUGCCCGGAGGACCACCGGUUGAACGGAGCUGUUAUUCAAAGCGCUAAAGCACGGCUGAUUUGGGGGUGUUUGAGGAGAAAGGUGUCCUGUGGUUUUACUGGAAGCGCGUUUCAUCGCCAUGGUGGUCUUCAACGGGCAGCUGAAGAUCAGGAUCCGCGAGGCUCUGGACCUCAAACCCACAGCUUGGUCCCUGCGUCACGCCGUCGGUCCCAAGACUCAGACCUUCCUCCUGGACACGUACAUCGCCCUCAACGUGGACGACUCUCGCGUGGGCCAGACCUCCACCAAGCAGAAGACCAACAGCCCCACGUGGAAUUACGAGUUCAUCACGGAGGUCCACGACGGCCGCAAGAUAGAGCUAUCAGUUUUCCACGACGCGCCCAUUGGCUACGACGACUUCGUGGCCAACUGCAUCAUCCAAUUCGAGGACAUCCUGCAGAACAGCAGCAAGCACUUUGAGGACUGGAUUGACCUGGAACCAGAGGGGAAGGUGUAUGUUGUUAUUGACCUAUCAGGAUCUUCCAGUGAAGCAGCGGCAGGCUCUACCGAAAAUGAGGAGCGUGUGUUUCGACAGCGGAUGCGUCCCAGGAAGCGUCAAGGUGCCGUCCGUCGGAGAGUCCACCAAGUCAACGGACACAAGUUCAUGGCCACCUACCUGAGACAGCCCACGUACUGCUCGCACUGCAGGGACUUUAUCUGGGGGGUUUUAGGAAAGCAGGGCUAUCAGUGUCAAGUGUGCACCUGUGUUGUCCACAAGCGCUGCCAUGAGCUGAUCAUUACCAAAUGUGCCGGCAUGAAGAAGCAGGACGACCUGGUCGGGGAGGUGGGGUCUCAGAGAUUCAGCGUUAAUGUCCCGCACAAGUUCAGCAUCCACAACUUUAAAGUUCUCACCUUCUGUGACCACUGUGGGUCUCUGCUGUGGGGUCUGAUGCGACAGGGACUCCAGUGUAAAGUUUGUAAGGUGAACGUACACAGACGCUGUGAGAGCAACGUAGCUCCAAACUGUGGCGUUGAUGCCAGAGGGAUCGCUAAAGUCCUGUCUGACCUCGGAGUCACUCCAGACAAGAUCUCUAACAGCGCCCAGAGACGGAAAAAGCUUACUCAGGCUCAGGAUCCUCAGCAGCCGUUAUCAGGGAUCCCUCAGAUAGAAGACGAUCGCUCAAAGUCUGCCCCCACCUCCCCGUGUGAUCAGGACGUGAAGGAGCUGGAGAACAUCCGGAAGGCUCUGUCAUUUGACCACCGCGGAGAGGAGCACAAAACACACCCACUGUCUUCCUCCUCGUCUGUGGACACGGUAACGUGUGACACGCACACAGGAGGUGAUGGGAACAGCGUCGGAGAGGAAAGCGAAGAAAGUCAGGCGAAUGGCGAGGUCAAAGGUCACAGCGCUCCAGAGGCCAAGAGGAUGAACCUGCAUGACUUUGUGUUUAUCAAAGUUCUGGGGAAAGGAAGCUUUGGAAAGGUGAUGCUGGCGGAGAUGAAGGGCACAGACGAGGUUUAUGCCGUCAAGGUGCUGAAGAAAGACGUGAUCCUGCAGGAUGACGACGUGGACUGCACCAUGACUGAGAAACGGAUCUUAGCAUUGGCCAGGAGACACCCCUAUCUGACACAGCUCUUCUGCUGCUUCCAGACUAAAGACCGCUUGUUCUUUGUGAUGGAAUAUGUUAAUGGAGGAGACCUGAUGUUUCAGAUCCAGCGAUCGAGGAAGUUCGAUGAGGCACGAUCUCGUUUUUACGCCGCCGAGGUCACAUCUGCCCUGAUGUUCCUGCACCGACACGGAGUCAUUUACAGAGACUUGAAGCUGGACAAUAUACUGUUGGAUGCUGAGGGUCACUGUAAGCUGGCAGACUUUGGGAUGUGCAAGGAAGGAAUUCUCAAUGGAGUCACCACCACCACCUUCUGUGGGACACCGGACUACAUAGCACCUGAGAUCCUCCAGGAGCUGGAUUAUGGUCCUUCAGUGGACUGGUGGGCGCUAGGGGUGCUGAUGUACGAGAUGAUGGCAGGACAGCCACCGUUUGAGGCCGAUAACGAAGACGACCUGUUUGAGUCCAUCCUCCACGAUGACGUGCUCUAUCCGGUCUGGCUCAGCAAGGAGGCCGUGUCCAUUCUAAGAGCGUUUAUGACUAAGAGCCCUAACAAGCGUCUGGGCUGCGUGAUGGCUCAGGGUCUGGAGGAGGCCAUUAAACUCCACCCGUUCUUUAGAGAGAUUGACUGGACGCUGCUGGAGCAGAGGAAGAUCAGACCACCGUUCAAACCUCGCAUCAAAACCAAAAGGGACGUCAAUAACUUUGACCAGGACUUCACCCGUGAGGAACCCGUUCUGACGCCUGUUGAAGAGAGCAUCAUCAAGCAGAUCAACCAAGACGAGUUCAAAGGAUUCUCCUAUUUUGGCGAUGAGACCAAAGCCUAGACACGUACAUGCCGAUGUGUAACAUUAACCACAAACACCACACCACACCUGAAAAACUUUCAAAGACACCGUAUUUAAAGAAACACGGCCUCCUGAGCUGUUCCAGGUUCUGACCACUCCAGGAAAUAUACUAGACCAUUUGUAUUACUCAUUAUGGUUUCUGUGCUCUUGUCGUUUGUCCAUUUGUGCAUAUCCCAUGGACCUCAAGCAGCAUGCAAGUGCAGGUCAGUUACUGUAAGAAAUGACCCGAUGCUCCUUCGGCUGGUUCGGAUGUGUUGUAAAAGCAGGCAGCGCGGCGGACAAAACCAAACUGAAGUAGAUACAAAGGCAAGGUCAUGUUCUCUGUGUGUGAGAGUGAGAGAGAAAUAAGAUCAUGUGUGUACAAGUGUGCAUGCAUGUGUUGUUGCACACCUCUUCUAGAGAGAGAGUCGUUUCUUUACAUGAUGUGCUGCGUCCUGUGUCUCAGUGUUUAAACAGUGUUUUUCCUUCCUACGUGUAUGUAAAUGAAAAAAAAAAAUCAUUGAACCAAUGAUUGUAUUUAAACAAGAAAUAUCUUGAAAACUGUUUUAUUCGUUAUGGAAAGAAGUGUGGAAAGGAGGUGUGAGAAAUCAGAGAUUUUUCUGACGUUAAAAGUUUAGUCUCAGUAUUCGUCAGUGCGUCAUUACCUUAAAUAAUAACUCGAGAAGAGGCAUCACUGGAGUGACACUUUGGCAUUUUAAAUUUGAGUUUAGCAUUAUGUCAGUAGUUCUGCUGUGCUCCGUUACUAACUUGCUUUUAGCUUCUCAACAUCGACAUUCCAGUUCCUCGUUAAAAAAUACAAACAAAAACAAAUGGUACUACUGUAGCUUACUACUGGGAGUGUCCAUUAUGGGGAUGAGGUUUGCUUACAGUGUUAACAAGCCGUUUUGCAUAUAACACGAUACUUGACACGGAGACACUUGUCUAGUAAAGCCAAAUAACAAGCUGGAACAAGCUGAAUCGGAAACGUCCGGGGUGCCCUUUAAAAACACGAUUCAUUUUAGCUGAAGUGCUUGUUACUGACUCUCUCGAUGCACCUUGUGGAGCGAAAUCUUCCUGGGUCAGCUCCUUAAACACCUUUGUGACCAGUUUAUCCUUGAAAUGCCUUGUGUGCGCGCGUGUGUGUACAGUAACUGUUUUACCAGUGAAUGUACUGGACCUACUGUCUCUAACAUGACAAACCAAACCCCCGUGAUUCCACAGAAAAGUCGAGGAUC